AUGAAGGAAACUGUUGAUGGCGGUGUUUUUGUCAACUGCGCUUUUUAUGACGACGAUCCCAAAACCUCUUUCCCACGGAUUUCCAAGCCCAUAGAACACAUACAAGACUCAUACGACUACGUUGUUAUCAGUUCUGGUUAUGGAGGAUCUAUAGCUGCGUCACGCAUGGCCCGAGCAGGCAAGUCUGUUUGCCUGUUAGAGAGAGGAGAAGAGCGAUGGCCAGGAGAAUAUCCUACAGCGACGAUCGAAACUGUGAAACAAUAUCGCGUUACUGGACAUUUUAUCCCAAACUCAUUGGGUGGCAUUGGAGUUAACAUGGGUAACCCUACUGGCAUGUUUCACCUCAUUCUCGGCCACGACCAGAACGUUAUUUCUGCCAAUGGAUUGGGAGGCACAAGUCUAGUCAAUUCGAAUGUAUUCCUCGAAACAGAACAAGAUAUCCUCAAGAUGGGCUAUUGGCCACCCGAAAUUCGAGAUGACCCGGCAGGCCUAAAUAAAUAUUAUCAAAAGGUUAGAGAUGUGCUUGAGCCAGAGCCGUAUCCCGAAACAUGGCCACGGCUCAAGAAGAUGGAUGUAUUCAACGAGCAAGCCAAGACUCUUGGAUUGCAAGACAAAUUCCGCAGAGUCCCUCUGACAACCCGCUUCAGAGACGGUCCCAACAGUUGUGGCGUUAACAUGUCGGCGUCAACACUUGCUGGACAAGAAACUACUGGUGCUAACGAUGGCUCAAAAACGUCGACAUUGGUAACAUACCUUGCUGAUGCCUGGAACUGGGGUGCUGAAAUGUUCUGCAAAUGCGACGUACGGUACAUUGAAAAGGUUCAGGAUAUCCGUGGCGGCUACUUGAUUUAUUUUGCAUGCCACGGCAAAGGUCGUAGUCGUUUAACAGUAGGCGAUGUUUAUGGCGACUUGAUGUGGGUGCAUGCAAAGGAAGCUGUCUUCCUUGGUGCUGGGUCCAUUGGCACAACGGAAAUCCUACUUCGAAGCAAACAAAUGGGCUUGAGCAUAAGCGACUGGGUUGGGCGUGGUAUGACUGGUAAUGGCGAUAUUUUGGCUUUUGGACACAACUGUGAUGUGGAAGUAAACGCUCUUGGAAACCCGAACCAAGAUCCAUCAAAUCCCGUCGGUCCAAUAAUUACCAGCGCCAUUGACAAUAGAAAUGGCCAUGAGAACCCACUCAACGGCUACGUGAUCCAAGAUGGCACAAUGCCACAGGCAUUUUCAGGGAUAUUGCCCUGUAUACUGGACAUGAUGCCUGGAAGCCGUGCCUACGAAAUGUCGCUUCUUGGGCGAACUCAGGCAGUCAUGGGCCAUUGGAAGAAGAGACUCUUCGGAUCGAAUUUGAAAAAUGGCCCUCUGGGGAACACUCAAGUCUUUUUAAUCAUGUCGCAUGAUGGGAACCAAGCAACUCUGCGUCUAAAAGAUGACAAGGCAUUAUUGGAAUUCCAAGGGAAGUUCAGUGCUCUCUUGGAAAUGGCCACAGCUUCUGUUGGAGGCACCCUGGCGAUGACCCCGUUCUACAACUUUAUGAGUGAGCAAAUGAUCACGGCGCAUCCUCUUGGAGGAGCCCCAAUGUCUCGCGAUAACACUGGAGCAAAUGGCGCGACAAAUCACUUGGUUCAAGUUUUCGUCGGCAACAACACCGCAGAGACACACCCAGGCCUCAUCGUGACAGAUGGGGCCCUGAUUCCUGGCUCUAUUGGGGUGAACCCGCUUGCUACAAUUGCUGCUCUCGCCGAACGCAUUGAAAAGAACGGCGUUUUGGAUCUCUUUGGGGAGCCGGCGCAUCAACCAAAAGAUAGUCGCCUUUUGACGACUUUCAACGGCAAAGGGUCCAAGGGGACACCAAGCAGAGCUGAAAUGUCCAGAUUGAAAAGCGUCGAAUUCACAGAACUCAUGUCUGGAUUCAUCCACAGAACGCAGCUAGAUAUGGUAGUCGAUAAGAAGGCAGUUUAUGAAUCAGCCUUUCGAGCAGCAAAGGGCAGAGGCGAGAUUGGCAGAUUGUUGGUCAGCGUGAGCGUCUUCAAAGACCAUGAAUUGGAGAACGAAUCUCAGCCCAGCGGUAUGUUUACAGGCACGUUUGUAUGCCCGACCAUCGAAGGUUCGCCAUUCACGAUAGCCCAAGGUGAUUUGGGGCUAUUCAAGAAAUAUCAGGAAGUGACAGGAACCAGCAGGUUGACAUAUGAAGGCGGCACGGUUGGUACUAACGGUAGACGGCUUCAUUUCUGUGGCUACAAGGUGGUUGAUGCCUCUGUUUCUUUAAGCCCUCUUCAGAUGUGGCGCUCCACGACGACGCUCUACGUUUCGAUAACAGAAAGAGCCACCCACAAAACAAUGACAAUCGCAAAUUAUAAUGAAGGCAUCUUGGAGGAAAAUAUCUUCGUCCUUACCAAGAUGUUCCCGUUUCAGUCAGUGAGAAACUGGUUGCGAGUGGCAUCUUGCGUCUGCGCCCAAAGGACUUUGUCUCCGAGAUGGAUGACGCUCUCUCCUUCGGGCAGAGAUGUCUUGAGAAAAGCGAAAAAUAUGACGAGAUUCUUGACCUUCUGCGCAUCCAAAUCCGUAUCGCAUCUGUUGACGCCACUUGCCCCCCUUGAGUAUGCGGAUGAGAGAGCUGUAUUGUACGUGAACCAUACGCCUCCGACUCAGACAUUUACAGUCAUCUCUGAAGAUGGCAUCGAAACGCAGUUGCACAUGUGGGAGCCAAAUCCAAACGCAGUUGCCACUGACUCAAACGGAGCGCCUGUAAAGAUUGAGAAUCUCUUCAUGAUUCCAGGCUCAUCUGUUGACCAUCAAAUCUUUGCAUUGCCGACGAUUCCGUUCAAUGCGGUUAAUUACUUUACGCGAGCCGGUUACCGUGUUUGGGUGACGGUCUAUCGUAUAUGUCAGCUGAAAUCAACGCAUAGACAGCCCUGGACAACACGCAUGCAUGGAACUGGCAAAAUCUAUACAAUUGCUCACUGCAUGGGAUCCGUCGCUUUCUCGUGUGGCCUGCUUGACGGUACCAUCCCAUCUGAGUGGGUUUCAGGAAUCACCUGCAGCCAAGUAUUUAUGAACCCAAUAUGGAGCACUCUCAACAUGAUCAAGUCCACGUCACCACUGGCGUUGGACAAGGUAUACAAAUUCAUUUUUGGAGAUUGGUUCGAAAUCGGAUCAUCUACUCAAGAUCCUUGGUCUCAGCAACUGUUGAAUCAGCUGCUGCGACCCCACCCAGAAAGAAGAGAAGAAAUGUGCAACAAUGCCGCCUGCCAUCGCACGACCUUUGUACAUAGCAAUCUCAAUGAGGCGACCCAUCGAAACGUUGAUCGUUUCUUGGGCGGCUGCAGCAUGCACCUAAUAAAUCUGCUGAAACGAAUGGGUAGCUGUGGCGAAGUCAGCACGAAUGUGCCCGAGUAUACAGAGCUCACGGCACCAGAAAUCGUCGAGCGCCUACGUGGCCUUCCAUUCCUUUUCUUUGUCGGUGGAGAUAGUGCUGUUCUCUCCCCAAGGGCUACAGAGACGACGUAUGAGCGCCUGAUUGAUACGUUUGGCAUGUGUGCUGGCCUUCCUGGAGGAAGCAUCCAAUAUCGCCGAAGAGUGGUCCCUGGCUAUGGGCAUUUGGACUGCUGGAUGGGGCGCAAUGCUUGGAGAGACGUGUAUCCAUUUGUACGCGAGGAGAUUGAUCGAGUUGUCCGAGGUGAGUCGUAUAAGUUCCGAGAACCGUAUGAUAGGUUCAGACAAUUUGGAGGGGAAGCGUAAAUUGCAUACAUCUGCGGCGUGCGAUAAUCUAAUUUUUUUUCUUCUCUUUUCGCUGCCUCUUCUUGGAAUUGAUAUAAAUUAUGAGCCUAUGGAGAAUGAGUUAUGAUAUGGGGAAUCGUUUAUGCUGGGGGUACUUGGACGCGCAUUUGGAUAGUUAUAAAGCGUUAAUAUUUUUCUCUUCUG